AUGCCACGUAAAUCGACUAAAGAAACCAAAUCCGCCGCGCCUAGGAGUUCUUCCAAGCGUCCUGCACAGGAAACUCCACAGAGACAGUCAAAGAGGGCAAGGGCGACCGCAAGGAAAUCCUACGUUGAUCCAGGCACCGACACAGACGAUGCAGACGAGAAAUCAACAAGAAGAUUAUCGCCUAGUACAGACGGAAAAGAUGGCGCCGCCUCCGACUAUGAGGAUCAUGACGGCAAAGAAUCAUCCGUUGGGUCCGAGGCUGACGUGACUGACAGCGACGAAGAUGAUGAGAGCAAGAACCGUAAGCCACGAGGGCGCGCUGCCAAGAGCCUUCCUAUUCAAAAGAAAAAUUCCAAUGAGCAAGAGUUGUGGAAACCAGGAGCUAAACUUGAGCCGGGAACACGAGUAGUCAUCAAGAAGCCGAAAGCUCGAGAUGCAGGUGAUACACCAUACUUGGACCACACGAUCCAUCCGAACUCUUUACUCUUUUUGAAAGAAUUGGCAGCCAAUAACGAUCGGAGUUGGCUAAAGCUACACGACCCUGACUUUAGAGUAGCAUUUCAGGAUUUUACAACGUUUGCAGAAAAGGUGUCAGAAAAGAUCAUUGAAGGAGACGAAACAAUCCCAGAGUUACCAGUCAAGGAUAUCUACCGGAUCUACAGAGACAUUCGCUUCUCCAAAGACCCAACACCCUACAAGACCUACUUCUCCGCGGCAUGGUCAAGAACUGGACGAAAGGGACCCUACGCGCAUUACUACGUACAGGUGCAGCCAAAUGGUGGAAGUUUUGUAGGCGGUGGCUAUUGGCAACCAGAUGCAGCUACUCUUGCUAAAAUUCGUCGCGACAUCGAUCGCAAACCACACAAGAUCAAAUCUGUGCUGAGAAACCGCGACUUCAGAGAAACCUUUCUGGGUGGAGUGCAAGACGACGACAAGAAGGCGGUCAAGGCCUUUACAAGCUUAUCCAUGAACCAGUCAAACGCGUUGAAGCGUAACCCCAAGGGAUACGAUCAUGAUCACAAAGACAUUGAUCUUUUGCGGCUCCGCAACUUCACGAUUGGUCGUACGAUUGCAGACGAGGAAAUUGUCGGCACGGGCGGGCUGGAGCGAGUAGCUGAGGUGGUAAGGGCAAUGGUGCCAUUUAUUACGUAUCUCAACAGCGUUGUCAUGCCGGACGAGGACACGUCGGGGUCAAGCAGCGAAGACGAGGAUGGUGCAGACGAGGAUGAUGAUGACGAUGGUGCAGACGACGGUGCAGAUGAGGAGGCGGAGACAUAGGCGGAGGCAUAGGCAUAGGCAGAGGUGCAGAUGCAGACGCAGAUGCAGAGGAGGGCAAUGGGCGGUCCAACCACAGACAGGAAGCAAUGGAGAGGAUGACGAGGCUUGACAAGAGCAAUUUCA